AUGGCGCUCCUACCCGUACAGUGCUCAAUGCGGCUCUUACGAACAUACUCGCAGGCCCCGAGAUUGACACGAUGCCUGUCGCAGGCCCCGCAGCGACGGCUGGGCGAGCCCGACCCUCGAGCCAUCCCGGACGUCCAAGCUAUGCAGAUGACCGAAGACCAGGCCUCGAUGGUCGAGGUUGACCAUAAACCCGAGCCCGCGGUCGAGAAAUACCAUCCUGACCACCAGCCCGACUACACUGCGAUGGUCGACCACGGAACCUCCACAUAUUCGCCGGUGCCGAGGAGGGUGAUGAACGGGAGCGAGCCCGGGCACGUCACACCCGCUGCGGUCUUGUCUGGGGCUCCCGUGGACCUCCAAGCUCGCACAGUCAGGAUCUACAAACCCGUUAAGCCCGCCACACAGUCCGGCACCUGGGGCUCCCACGCCUGGCGGAUGGACUGGGACGUCCUCGGCAAGGGCCACCGCUGGGAAAACCCGCUGAUGGGCUGGCAGUCGUCGGGCGACUUCAUGCAGGGCACCAAGGUGAACUUCAAGACGAAAGAGGAUGCGAUCGCGUUUGCGGAGAAACAGGGCUACGAGUGGUACGUGCAGGAGCCGCAGGAGAGGCGGUUUGUGCCCAAGGCCUACGCGAACAAUUUCUUACACGAGCCCGGUCCGCGGUUGAAGCAUAUCAAGACGAAAUAA